UAUGUUUUCCUCUAUUUUCAGACAACCACAUAAUCCACCUUGUUUUAUCCACUACUUUUUUUGGUGUUUGGUAUAUAUAUAUAUAUGCAACAUAUUUUCAGACUAUAACCAUAUAUCCACAGAUCCUCAAAAAACAGUUUCAUCUUUCUCAGAUUCCCUAUUACUUCAUUGAACUUUUCAUACAGUUCACUUUGAGUUGCAUUGAUACAAUCAUGGCCAUUCGUCAGAUGCUUAGACGGUCGUUGUCAUCUGAGAGGCGAUCAGCUUCAUCAGGAGCCGACGUGCCAAAGGGGCAUCUUGCUGUCUAUGUUGGGGAAUAUGAUGAAAAGAGGCGGUUUGUUAUCCCAGUGUCGUACUUGAACCAUCCCUCGUUUCAAAAACUGUUGUGUCGAGUUGAGGAAGAAUUCGGGUUCAACCAUCCGAUGGGAGGCCUCACCAUCCCCUGCAGCGAGGACUCAUUCGUUCAUCUCACGUCUAGCCUCGACUGAUCUCUUCUCAUAAAUAGGAACUCAGUUUUGUAGAACUAGUCUUUUUUUAACAGACAUUUUUUUUUUCUUUUGUCAUUCUGUAACAAACUUGCAAUAUAUUGAUACAUGCAAAAUCAUUUGGCCUCA